AUGGAUCGUAUCUUUCGUGCAGCGAGCUCUGGCAAGCUGGACAAUCUGAAAGCCAUCUUCGAAGGCAGAGCCGGUAUUGACACUAGAGAAAUCAGCAUACAUCUACCAAAUGAAGAAGGUCAAUUCCUUAUCCACGUUGCUUCGCAGGAUGGCCAUACCGAAAUUGUGAAGUUCCUUGUCAAUCGAGGAGCUGACUUGGACCAAGGAGACAGGUACGGCAAUACAGCUCUACAUUAUGCUUCGUCGUGUGGCCAAUUGGAUGUGGUGCAGUAUCUCUUAAGCAAGGGCGCGGAUAUUGAAAAGUGUGAUGUGAAUCGCGUGAGGGCGCUUCACUGCGCUGCAUCUAAAGGUCAUCUAGAUGUUGCUCGUUACCUUAUCAGCGAAGGAGCUGAGAUUGAGGCUGCACAAAAGGACGGGAGGACGCCUCUUCACUACGCAUCUUGCUAUGGUCGCGGUGCUGUGGUUUGGUAUCUUAUCAGUCAGAGGGCACAGCUAGAUGUAGCAGAUAAUCAUGGUCGGACUCCUCUCCUAGAGGCUUCGUCCAAUGGUCACGUAAACACUGUUCAGUAUCUCAUGACGAAAGGAGCAGAGGUGGAGAAAAUGGAUGACAAAGGACGAACGGCAUUGCUAGAAGCAUCCAUCAAUGGUCACCUGAAAGUUGUCGAGUAUCUCCUUGACAAAGAGGCACAGCUGGAGAUAGAGGAUAAAGAUGGCCGAACACCUCUCUACUAUGCAUCACUCAAUGCCCACCUGGACACCGUUCAGUGUCUUCUUGACAAGGGAGCAACGCUUGAGAAACCUAAAAGGGAUGGUGUAACCCCUCUCAUUAAGGCAACAUGCAGCGGUGAUCUUCCUGUGAUAAAGUACCUGGUAGAUAAUGGAGCCAACCUCGAUGCAGUCAAUAUCAAAGACAUGUCACCACUGCAUUUUGCUUCAUCCAAAGGGUACCUUGACGUGGUUCAAUAUCUCGUUAGUAAAGGGUCACAGCCUGAUAAGGUGGACAAAGAUGGUUUGACGCCGCUUCAUUAUGCAUCAGCCAAUGGCAAUACCGAAGUUACCAGGUUUCUUGUAGACACAGGAGCAGAGACCGAGAAAGGAAGCACGACUGGUGUGACCCCUCUUCACUUUGCAGCUGCAGAAGGUCGUCUCGAUGUCGUUAGGUAUUUCAUUGGUGAAGGACUUGACCUUGAACGAGUGGAUGAUGCUGGUGAAACAGCUCUUCACAAAGCCGCAUCCAAUGGCCAUCUUGGUGUUGUCCGCCUACUCAUCCUAAAAGGAGCACAAAAGGAUGAAGGUGAUAAAGACGGCAUCACACCUCUGCAGAAGGCAUCUUUCAAUGGCCACCUGGACAUUGUCGUACUUCUCGUGUGUCAACAAGCGCAACUUGACAAAGGUGACAGUAAAGGACUAACUGCCCUUCACUGCGCAUCCGCCAGAGGUCAUCUCAAAGUUGUCCAGUAUCUCGUAAGCAAGGGAGCCAAAUUUGAAAAUGUUGACCACAAUGAUGUCCCUAGCCCAUUACAUUGCGCUUCCAAGCUUGGGCACCUGGAUGUUGUCAGGUUUCUCGAAAGUCAAGGUGCACUUCUUGAGAAGGGUGAUAGCACCUAGAUGACGCCUCUCCAUGUCGCAUCAUGUUGGAUAUCUCCUAGAUAAAGGGCACCGCCUGGUAAGAUCGACGAAUGCGGUACGACAGCGGCACUCGUGGCAUGCAAUGAGUUCACCUAGAAAUAGUUCGCCAACUGGUCAACAGAGGGGCCAAACUUCUCAGCAAAGAUGAUGACGGACUGACGCCACUUCUCCAUGCAGCAAUCAACAGCCAUCUAGAUAUUGGCCAGCAUCUGGUAAAUGGGUGUGUAGGUCCUAUCCAUAUAGUAACAACAGCGGAAAUAUUCUCUUCGCAUCAUUUCGGUGGCCAUCUUGACCUACUGCGGUACCUUUCUAGUCAAGAAGCCUACAUCGAGACUGGCAAUGACGAUGUCAACACCCCUGUACAUUUCGCAGCGGCUAAUUGCCAUACGGGAGUUGUAAAAUAUCUUCUCAGUCGAGGUGACUGUGCAGCUGGAAGCGAUUGAUAAAUCCCAAAUCAAUUUCAUGAGCCGCAUUUUUUUUCAAUAACAACAAUUAAAGCACGUUUUUAUUACACAUUUUACCAUAUAUAAUGUUUAGCAUGUAUACAUGUAAUUAGACACGAAAUGGACAAGUGAUUUGCAUUACUGUUGGAGGAUUCAAUAAAUCUUCAAACAGACGCCAAAUUAGUUGUUUGUCAUUUAAUAUAAGUUCAUUACUUUGCAACUUCUGAAGGUUCCCAUGGCGAAGAAGAAUAGUGUAAUAGGUUUCACGGUACAUGUAUUUUUCUUGAUCAAGAGUUUGGGUGGUCCUUUUCGGGACCAACACUUGCCCAAGAAAGAUACAUGGUGUACCGUGAAAUCUGCUACACUAGUUCAUUUACUUUCUUGUUAAUUUACUCACAAUUACUUCUCAGUAUUUUACUCCUCUACAAUUAGGCUAUUAGUGUUAAUUCUUUAUAUUGUGCUUUUUAAACCCCGACUCCAUGACGUCAUACACCUGCUUCAUGAUAGUAGUGGUUGGCUCGAUCAGCUCCAGCGCCUGCGCAGUGUCCUGUUUCAGAUAACUAUCAAUGAACUCCUUCCGGGUCGGCAACCACCUCAUGGCCAGACGCGCCGCCUGGCGCACGGCGAAGUUCACGUUAUUGCUUAGCGUUUUGUCAAAGGCCUGGCGGGACAGCUCGGAGCAUUUGCUCUCGUCGUUGCCCGCUGCCAAGGUGAUGAACAUCUCGAUGAAGAACUCGAUGUCAAAGUGCAUCUCGUGGAGGGCGCGGUUACCGGACAAGCCGCCGCGUUUGGACUUCCGUUUGAUGCCGUUCGCAGUUUCGUAGUCGAGGACGGCUUGGACGGUUUGGUAGUUGGC